CUCACUCUCUCCACUGAACCCAGAUAACCAUAAACAGAUACAUAACAUCUCCCUAUCUCUUUUGAAAGGGAAAAAGAAGAGGAAAAAACGAAAAGAGAGAGAAAUAAGUCAAUAUUGGUAAUUCAAUUUACAUCUCUUUCUUCUUAUUUGAAGUCUUUUAGGUGAUUUUUCAUUCAUCAUGGCGGCGUCAGUGGAAAAUCGUCAGUAUACUCACCUCGAACCCGCCAGGAACGGCGUCGUUCGGUCGUUCAAGUCCGGACCUAGCCACAGGUCCGACUCCCCGGUUCGCGGGUACACCGUACAUACCAACUUUCCAAAGAAACACGUGGCAAUAGACGAUUCGUCCAGUGAUGAGGAGGACGAGAGCGAAACCCAAAAGGAGUACCAGGAUUUGAUCGUUAGGGGCAAGAACGAAGUGGAGCCGUCGAUCAAUGAUCCCAGAGAUGAUGGUACGUCUGACAGCUGGAUCGAUCGCAACCCCAGCAUGGUCCGUCUCACGGGGAAGCACCCUUUCAACUCUGAGCCACCCCUGACCCGACUCAUGCACUACGGUUUCAUUACCCCAGUCCCGCUCCACUACGUCCGUAACCACGGGGCCGUACCCAAGGCCAACUGGGCCGACUGGUCCGUCGAGGUGACAGGGUUGGUCAAGAGGCCGACCCGUUUCACCAUGGACCAACUGGUCAACGAGUUCCCUAGUCGGGAAUUCGGUGCUUCCCUGGUCUGUGCCGGGAACCGCCGAAAGGAGCAGAACCUUGUAAAGCAGACAAUUGGAUUCAACUGGGGGGCGGCUGGCAUCUCGACCUCUGUUUGGCGGGGCGUGCCGCUACGCGCUUUGUUGAAGCGGUGUGGUAUCAUGACCCGUAAGAAUGGGGCCCUCAACGUGUGCUUCGAGGGUGCGGAGGACCUUCCCGGCGGUGGUGGCUCCAAGUACGGUACGAGUAUAAAGAAAGAGAUGGCCAUGGACCCUUCUAGAGAUAUAAUACUGGCUUACAUGCAGAACGGUGAGCUUUUGGCUCCGGACCACGGUUUUCCGGUGAGGAUGAUUAUACCUGGUUUUAUUGGGGGCCGUAUGGUAAAAUGGCUCAAGAGGAUUAUUGUUACUACUCCAGAAUCUGACAACCACUACCAUUUCAAGGAUAAUAGAGUUCUUCCUUCUCAUGUUGAUGCUGAGCUCGCUAACGCAGAAUCAUGGUGGUACAAGCCCGAACAUAUAAUAAACGAGUUGAACAUAAACUCAGUGAUAACAACGCCGUGCCACGAGGAGAUCUUGCCCAUUAACUCGUGGACCACUCAGAGACCCUACACGUUAAAGGGAUAUUCGUAUUCUGGAGGAGGAAAGAAGGUGACACGUGUGGAAGUUACAAUGGACGGGGGUGAGACGUGGCACGUGUGCACGUUGGACCAUCCUGAGAAGCCUAACAAGUACGGCAAAUACUGGUGUUGGUGUUUUUGGUCUUUGGAAGUGGAAGUUCUCAACCUUUUGGUGGCCAAGGAAAUAGCCGUUCGAGCCUGGGAUGAGUCCCACAAUACCCAACCCGAGAAGCUCAUCUGGAAUGUCAUGGGAAUGAUGAACAACUGUUGGUUCAGAGUGAAGACGAGUGUGUGCAAGCCCCACAAGGGUGAAAUUGGAAUUAUAUUUGAGCACCCGACCCAACCCGGAAACCAAUCGGGCGGGUGGAUGGCGAAGGAGCGACAUUUGGAGUCCACCGAGACAAACCACACUCUCAAAAAGAGUGUGUCAUCACCAUUCAUGAACACCACUUCAAAGACUUACUCCUUAUCCGAAGUUAGGAAGCACAACUCAGCCCAGUCUUGCUGGAUCAUCGUCCACGGCCACAUCUACGACUGCACACGCUUUGUCAAAGACCACCCUGGCGGCGCAGACAGCAUUCUCAUCAACGCCGGUACAGACUGUACGGAAGAGUUCGAAGCCAUCCACUCCGAUAAGGCCAAGAAAAUGCUCGAAGACUACCGUAUCGGCGAACUUAUCACCUCCGGCUACGCUUCCGACGGCUCUUCACCGAACAACUCUGUUCACGGCUCGUCUAAUGCGCUCUCCCACUUGGCGCCUAUCAAAGAGGCGCCGACAAUGAUGACACGUGCAGUGGCAUUGGUACCUAGGGAGAAAAUCCCAUGCAAACUCGUCGAAAAGACAUCUAUCUCCCAUGACGUGAGAGUUUUUAAGUUCGCUCUUCCUUCCGAGGAUCAGUUAUUGGGCCUCCCCGUUGGCAAGCACAUCUUUUUAUGUGCCACCAUUGAUGAGAAGCUCUGUAUGAGAGCCUACACUCCGACGAGCUCGGUGGACGAAGUGGGCUUCUUCGAGCUCGUGGUGAAGAUCUACUUCAAGAAUGUUCAUCCUAGAUUCCCCAACGGUGGGAUGAUGUCUCAGUAUUUGGACUCGUUGAGUUUGGGAUCAAUGUUGGACGUGAAAGGCCCAUUGGGCCACAUUGAGUAUUUGGGCCGAGGUCAGUUUUCGGUCCAUGGUAAACCCAAAUUUGCUAAGAAGCUUGCUAUGCUGGCGGGUGGGACCGGGAUCACGCCGAUUUAUCAGGUGGUCCAGGCCAUCCUUAAGGACCCAGAAGACGAGACUGAGAUGUUUGUCGUUUAUGCCAACCGGACUGAGGAUGAUAUACUGUUGAAAGAGGAACUUGACGGUUGGGCCAGGAAGUGUGACAGGUUCAAAGUGUGGUAUGUGGUGGAGAGUGCUAAGGAAGGGUGGGAAUACAGCACGGGCUUCAUCACGGAGGGUAUACUGAGGGAGCACAUUCCUGAAGGGUCCAUUGACACUUUGGCAUUGACUUGUGGACCACCACCUAUGAUCCAGUUUGCUGUGCAGCCUAAUCUGGAGAAGAUGAAUUAUGAGAAGGAUUCCUUGUUAAUCUUUUAGAGUGAGCGAGAGAUAUAUGAUAAAGAAAAAAAGAAGAGGAGGAAGAAGAAGAAGAAUGAAACUGUAUAUAUAUUAAUAAUAUAUAUAUUUGGGUAACAAGUGCUUCUAGACAUGAUAUAUAUGUUGUAUUCUAGACUACUGUUGGUAAUUACAUAUUCUUUCUUAUUUAAGUGUUCUUUUUUUUAGUCGUACGUGAACAAGCUAAUGUAUAUACUUGUAUUAAAGUUUAUUAUAUUUUAAUGCGAAAAAGUCAACUUCGUUUUCUUAAA